ACGUCUCGCGCAUUUGCUGCUGCGUCCCGAAGUUUCCUCUUUUGAUCGUGCGUGUGUGUCGUCGUAACGUUAGGGAGAGUCAAAGUGUCGAGAGACUUCAAAUACUCGAAACCGGAUAUAACCGAUCGGUCUGAUGUUGGGACAAGAUUUAUGAUUUUACCAUGUUUUGGGUUAAUUGGUUUGAACCGGUUUCAAUAAUGGAUAUACCACAAAAAUACUUCAAUGAUGGAUAUAUGAUUUUCAUCUACUUUGUAAAUGAUUUUCAAAACAAUGUUGAAACUAAUAUAUUUAAAGCAAAUAACCUAAUUUGCUAGAAAUGUCACAAACUCUUCUUUUUUUGGGGUCAACUUCACAAACUCAUUUAAAACAUAAGAACAAGUCUAAAAAGAAGUGAUGUCUUGAAGUUGUAUUAUUGAGUAGUUAUUAUAAUUUUCUUACAAACAUUAUAUACAAAAAUGCAUUCCCUAAAGUUAUAGCUAACUAAAACUAGAAUUAAAAUUAGAAUGAAGAAAAUGGAAAUAAGAAUGGAUAUCCAUGCUUUAAGGGAUUUAAAACAAAAGUUGCAAAAACAGAAAAUAGAAAUUGUAAAAAAAAAAUAACGUAGCAUGUUCCCCCUUCCUUCUCGCAUGGUUCAUCGGAGAACUUUAAUGUGUUCACGUCUUUCUGAUUGGCUUCAAAUUUUUCCUCUUUCUCUCUCUCUCUUUCCUCUGUUUCGUUUCAUUACCAAUCUCCAGACAUUUCUUCAACAUUAACGUGGGUCCUUCAAUCUCUUGAAGGACCCCACCAUUGUUAAUCCCCUCACAAAAAUUUUCCCUCUUUUUUUAUUUUUAGGCUUUUAGAUUUAUACGUAAUGAUGAAUUGUUUCCCCUGUUUCACUUCACAAAAGAGUAGUAAUCCUCCUUCUGGGAAUGAGACUAACGAAAACAAUGAACAAGAAGUCAGACCACCACCCGUGGCGGCGGUAAAACAUAUAGAGGAAAGAGAAACAGAGCAACCACCGGUUAAAACAUUCAAUUUCCGGGAACUAGCGACGGCCACCAAGAACUUCCGGCAAGAAUGUCUUCUCGGAGAAGGUGGUUCGGGUAGGGUUUACAAAGGAACCCUUCAAUCUACUGGCCAGUUGGUAGCUGUAAAGCAGCUAGACAAGCAUGGACUACAUGGUACCAAAGAGUUUCAAGCUGAAGUCUUGUCAUUGUCCAAACUCGAACACCCUAAUCUCGUCAAGCUUAUAGGUUACUGCGCUGAUGGAGACCAACGGCUCUUAGUCUUUGAAUUCGUCUCUGGAGGCUCCCUUCCAGACCAUCUUUUCGAGCAAGAGCCAGGCCAGAAACCGAUCGACUGGCUCACGAGGAUGAAGAUUGCCUUCGGCGCAGCGCAAGGAUUAGAUUACUUGCAUGAUAAAGUAAAUCCACCGGUGAUAUACAGAGAUUUAAAAGCUGCUAACAUCUUGUUGGACGAUGAGUUUUACCCUAAGCUUUGUGACUACGGUUUGAAUAACCUAGCGCCCGGGGCAGGUGAUAGCAUGUUUCAUUCUUCAUGCGUUAUGGACACUUAUGGCUACUCCGCGCCUGAGUACACUCGAGGGGAGGAUCUCACCGUCAAGUCGGAUGUUUACAGCUUUGGAGUUGUGUUGCUUGAACUCAUCACCGGUAGAAGAGCUGUUGACACUACUAAACCUAAUGAUGAGCAGAAUCUAGUUGCUUGGGCACAACCGAUAUUUAGAGAUCCGAAAAGGUAUCCGGAUAUGGCGGAUCCUCUCUUGAAGAAGAACUUCUCAGAGAGAGGGAUAAACCAAGCAGUGGCGAUAACGUCAAUGUGUCUACAAGAGGAACCAACUGCUCGUCCUUUGAUAAGCGAUGUAAUGGUUGCGCUUAGCUUCCUUUCGAUGUCUACGGAAGACGGUAUUCCAGACGCUGUGCCGAUACUAUCCUUCAGGGACAAGAGCAUGUCGAUUGCUUUGAGCAGACAUGGUUCUUGUUCUGUUACUCCCUUUUCUCUUCUUCAGAAAGAGGAGGGAGACGACUCGUCCAGUGCUUCAUCAGAGUCAGAAGAUGAUGAUGAAAAGAAAGAAGUGUCAAAAGGUAGUAAGAAGAAGCAAGAUGAGGAUUCAGGUGAUGAGUCUGGUUCAGAUGAUGAGAAGGGUCAAGAAGAGGUAGAGAAACCUGGAAGCUCUAAGAGCAGUUCCUCUGACUCUGGAAGCGAGAGAGCAAGUCCCAUUGAUGAAAGUAACGCAACUGCACAGAGUUUGGAGAUAAAGUAUAGUUAUAGCUCUGAGGAAGAAGAAGAAGAAGAAGGAGAUAACGAGAGGCUAAGCAGCUCUAAAUCUGAUAAAGAUUGCACUUCUUUUCGGUAUGACAGCGAGAGGAAUCACGAUGAUUCGCCUAAGAACACAAGCAUCGCUCAUGAUGAUCAUAGAGAUGAUGAUGAUGAUGAGGAAGAAGAUGAGGAUGAGAAUCAUGAAACUCGGCUUGAGCACAUUCAUAGCUCAAAAUCUGAAGCCCACAGUGUUUAUUCAGAUGAUGAUGAUGCAGGCGAGGAAAGUGGUCAGUCGUCUUUGAAUAGGGUUGAACCAGAGGAAGGAGACCACGGUUCUUCUGAUGAAGAGUGAAUCUUUGUCAAAAAGUUUUUCUCAGAAGUUUAUAACAUUUGCAACAUGAAAAAAAAAAAUUUGUUUCAAUUUUUUCAUUUUGAAACAACACAAAAUUGUCACAUAAAUCUAAUAUACAUAUGUCACACUUUAAUGUAAAUAUAUCUUGAAUACUGUAUGUUAGGAAGAAAAUGUUUACAAUACAUUUAUCUAACCAUUUGCUUUUCCAAA